GCUGCCCCCCGUUUUUCCCCCGCUGCUCCCCGUUUUUCCCCCGUGUUCCCCCGUUUUUCCCCCGGUGUUCCCCCGGUCUUCCCCCGCCAUGGCCGCGCGGGGCAGCUGCCCGGGCUGCGGCUCCGCGGCGCUGGUGCAGGACGCGCACUACGCGCAGCAGCAGCUGGUCUGUGCCUCGUGCGGCUGCGUCCUGGCCGAGGGGCUCCUCACCACCACCUACAGCGAGGAGGAGCAUCUGCGGGAGGUGGCUUAUUCCCAGAGCACCGGGCAGAGAGAGCAGCUGAGCCGCAGCCUGCAGCGAGGGAUCAGGAGGGUCCAGGAUCUCUGUAAAGUCCUCCAGCUCCCGGUGGUGUUUGAGGAAACCGCCGUCUCGUACUUCCGGAGAGCUGUCCAGCACCCCGCCUUCCGUCUGGUCAGCCUGGAGAAGAAGGAGCUCCUGGGGGGCUGCUGUGUCUUCGUGACCUGUCGGCAGCACAACUGGCCCCUGACAAUGGGCACGAUCUGCUCCCUCCUCUAUGCCAAGCAGGAGCUGUUUGCCAGCGUCUUCCUGAGCCUGCAGAAAGAGCUGGAGCUCUCUGUGCCAGCCCUGAGCCUGGCGGAUCUGGUGAAGACACACCUGAACAACUUCCGGCUGUUCCAGCAGGCGGCCGACGUCCCUGCCCCGUUUGUGGAGGACAAGGAGAAGAUGGUCAGCAGGACGAUGCAGCUGGUGGAGCUGGCCAGUGAGACCUGGCUGGUGACCGGCCGCCACCCUGUCCCCGUGGUCACGGCUGCUGCUUUCCUGUCGUGGCAGUCCCUGCAGCCCAGCGCCCGCCUCGCCUGCCCCUUGGCGCGGUUCUGCCGCCUGGCGGGCACCGACCUGCCCCCACCCGCCCACCUGAGGCUGAGGGAGCUUCUCGAGAUCCUCCUGAGGAUGGCCUCCCAGCUGGCCUGGCUCCGGGUCUUUAACUUGGACAAGAAAACUGUGGUCAAGCACAUCGGGGACCUGCUGCAGCACCGGAUCUUCCUGCUGAAGAACGCGUUCUGCCGGGAGGAGCAGGAGGAGCAGCGUGCUGCGGGCACGGGAGAGGGAUCCCGGGGUGAGGGAGCCCAGGGAGAGGGAUCCCAGGGUGAGGAUUCCCGGGGAGAGGGAUCCCAGGGUGAGGGCUCCCAGGGUGAGGGCUCCCAGGAUAAGGAUUCCCAGGGUGAGUAUUCCCAGGGUGAGGGCUCCCAGGAUAAGGAUUCCCGGGGUGAAGGCUCCCAGGGCGAGGGCUCCUGGGCUGAGGGCUGCCCAGCAGCACGGGGGGACAGCUGUCCCUCGGAAGGGAAGCGCCAGCGCAGGGGCAGCCCCAGGCCCUUGUUGCCCCCCUGCCUUAUCCAUCCCAGGAAGAGGCUGCGGGCGGCAGCCCUGAGCGCCCCGGUCUGCACCGUCACCGGCGACGAGCCCAUCUCGGACAGCGAGAUCGAGCAGUACCUGCGGGGCCCGGAGGAGAUCCGGGCCUUCAGCAGGGCCAAGGCCUGGCCGUGACCCUGGUCCAGAGACACCGGGGCCACAGGGACUGAAACCUGACAGAGCUGUCACACUGCCAGUCACCCCAGGGAGCUGUGGGGACAGGGCGGGCUGUGUCCUGUUUCCUGUUCGUGGACCAAAACAGGGCUUUUUUACAGUGUAACUGCUGUGGGUUACCUUUCAUUUCUGUUCAAAACACACAAGUGCAAGUGCCAGGAUUGGUUUCUGGAUCCUCCCUCCCUCUUUGCAGCCUGUGCUGAAAGGUGUUUUGCUCAGUUCCAGCCCUGCUGGCCACUGUCACCAGUGGGUUUGUGAGGGUCAAGGUGACACCCUGACUGGCUGAGAGAAAACUGCCCUCAUCUGGUUAAAUCCAAGAUGUGAAGCUGCUGGAAACAUGGCAAAGUUUGGCUGGGGUCUGCUCACACAGUACAACUGCCCCCUCUGUGCCUGGCUGCCUGUUGUCUGCAGGAAAUAACAGUAGAACUUGGCAG